AGUGUGCGUAAAGUCAAGAGCCCAAAAUGUAUUUUUAGAAGAGGAUUUAUGAUUAUAUGUUCGUGGAAGUUUCCCAAAGCGAUCAGUUAUAUUGCAGAUGUGAAGAAGUUCGGAAUGACUGAAUUCACCUUCCGCGUUGCCCUCACGAAAGACGAGGAAGAAGUGCUGAAGUUUAUCCGGGAGUUUUACUAUCCAGAAGAACUCUUGACGCUCUCAAUUGCACCCAAAGAACCCACGAAAGCUGACGAGGAGUUCUCCUUAUCGUGCAUUCCCACCGGAUUGAGUAUUGUGGCUGAGAAUUCCAGUGGGGACUUCGUUGGCGUGCUUCUGUGCCACGAGGUGGACAACUCCACCUUGCCAGAGCGCAAGAUCCAGACAUCCCAAAUCACAGACUGCAAGUGGCGCGCAAUUCUCACCUUCUUGCAUGACCUGGAAGAGCACUCAGCCAUCUGUCGUCGGCUCGAUGUCCCGAAAGGCGUUCAAUUCAGCGUCCUUUCCGUCCAUUCCGGCCACCGCGGGAAGUCCAUUGGACAGAAGCUGAUGCAGAAAGCCUCUGAAAAUGCCCUGGAGAAGGGAUUUGGAGCCAUUGGAGCGGUCUGCACGAGCAUCUUCUCCGCCCGAAUCGCAGAGAAGCUUGGAAUGACACUCGUGCACACCCAGGCCUACCGAGAUUGGCAAGGAGAAGUGGAAUUAAGGCCGCCAGCGCCUCACGAAAAUGCCACAGCAAAUUGUUACGUGAAGAAAUUGGUGAAAUGA